AUGGCUUUUGCCUUUAGAAGUUAUUUUUCUAAAAAAGUUAGUAAUGUUGGAAUAACGGUGGUACGUAUAGACCAAAAAGCGUCGCAACCAUGUAAAUUUGUUCAUUUUAAUCUUUCGGAUAACUUAUCAAAAGUGCGACUACAACUCGAAAAAAGAGACAUGAUCGAUUCUACAUUAUCAUUUGCAAGAAAGUUUAUUGAAAAUGGUAAUAGUAAAUUUGCAGAAAUAGAGUUUGAGGACGAAGAGGAUAUUCUUUUAGAUAAAAUCGUGCGUCAAAGUGAAGAAAGUGAAGAUACUUUCAUUUUAAAUUUGAUGACAUGUUCAAAAUUUAAUUGGAAGAUUCUGAACAAAUUACAUAAAUUAGAUUAUGGACGUACCAUGACUUCGGAUGGAAUUAAGAGAGCAGAUAAGAGAGCGUUUGAAAUGAAAAAUUGUAUAUUGGAAAUUGGUAAUAAAGAAUGCGAAACAGGAAUAUUCACAUCUGAGUCAAGUGAAGAUUUGAUGAUGGAUAAAAAUUUAUUUUUUAAUACUGAUAUUAAUAUACGGUAUUUCGUGAAGUUGGGAAUAGGGGUGUCAAUCGGAACGUCAAAAAGUAAAGAAUCUUGCGUUGAAACUAACUACUAUUAUCGUUUUAUAAAGUAUGGUAAAGCAUCAUUGAAAUUGAAAUAUGAGCAUUUAGAAGCAACGCCGGAAUUUAUUAAAGUAAUUGAAAGUGCCAUAAGUUCCGAAGAUCCUGCCGAACAAUUUAAGCAAAUUCUUAAAGAUUUCGGUCAAUUUAUUCCAACCAACGUUAUUUUAGGUGGAAGAGUUCAUUAUGAUGAUUUUACGAAAUCAGUUAAACACACUGUGGGAAAGUCCAACGAAUUUAGUAAAAAUAUAAAUAUAGGAGAUCUGAAAGGAGAAUUAGGUAAAGGUUCUACUAAUUCAGAAGAAAAUUCAAAUAAUUAUAGUCGUAGAUAUUCAAAAGUAAUUGGAGGCGAGCAACCUGAUAAUAUUGAAAAUUUAGAUAUAGGAAAUUGGGUUAGUUCAUUAAAUAAGAGUUAUGAAAAUUGGGAUUGUAUAGAAUUUCGCGAUCCGAUUAUUAUUUUUCAGCUUCUACCUGAAGAUUUACGUAAACGAAUCAUUAAGUCUGUUGGAAUGAAAAUCCAUCAUUUACAUACUGAAAAUCAUAAUUGUGUUUUAGAAGAGUUCAGAAAGCCGAUCCAAUUUAAUUUGAGUAUACCAAAUGAAAUCUCAAAAAUUAUUAAAAACAAAGAUGUAGAUUUUAAAAUUUUUGCAACCGUUACGGAUAUAACGAAAUCAAAGAAUGACUUUUUUACUUGUCAAGUCCUUUGUCCAUCAAAUGGAAAACUACCGAGUCUUAUAAUUCAUCGUGUACAAAACUCGUUUAAAAUCUUUAAAAGGCGUGAAUGCAAAUUAAAAAUUGGGUGGAUGGUAAUCGGGUACUAUAGAGAUUUCAAUUUUGAUUAUAAUACUCGACUAGACAUCCUGCAUUAUGAUUAUGAUUCUAAUGCACAAGAUACAGAUAAUCUAAUCGAAUAUGAUUCAAAAGUCCCAAUUUGUUUAGGAAUUCCUGUGGUACGUGAAUAUCCUAAUAAUGAAUCUCUUGUUAUCGGAUAUUAUUAUAGACAACAUGAGAAUAAUAAAAUUAAGGCAUGUACUUUCGCUUAUUGUUUAAAAGAUAAGUGCCUUGUAAAAUUGCCUAAUUUUACAUUUUACACACUUAAAAUUACAAAUUAUCAUAACCAUGGUGCUUGUAGUACAAUUACGCUUAGAAAAAAAGAAUAUAGUAAUUUUAAUACUGAAUCUCCAAAAUUUGUUAGCAUAUAUUCUGCCGAAAAAACUGAUUGUGUUUUUUUGAAACAAAGAAAUGGGCAAGUUAAAAUUAAAAAAAUUGGUAACGACAACACAGUAAUAUUAUCGGUUAAGUGUGCAAUCUUUGAUCCAUAUCUGGUACAUCAGGUAGAGACAUUAUAA